AUGGAGCGCCCGUCCACAGCAUCCCCGCCCCCCGCGGCCAGCGCGCUGACCGACACACGACUUCUGCAGCUCUCUCUCCGGAAUGCUGUCGCGUCGGCAGCAGCCGGCAAGGCGACCAUCGCCGCGAAUAACUACGCCCUCGCCAUCAAAGUCAUCCAUCGCAAGUGUUUCCUGCUGGAGGAGCUCGCGCUGUUGGCACUCGCCAUGGGCUACGAAGCUCGCAAGGCGGCAAAUACAGCGGCGCCGCGCGUCGACGACGACGACGACAACGGCAGAAACAACAGAGGCGGCGACAGCACCGCAACCACCGCUCAGCAGGACUACCCUCUCACAGCUGACCUCUCCGCUGGGGAAGCACAGCAGCAGCAGCAGCUGGUGGAUCCGCUGGCAAACGUUGGGAUGCUUCUGCCGCCUGGCUUGGACGAAGAUGACUACGACGCGGAGCGGUCGUACUUUGAACAGAAAUUGCAGCGUGAACAACAUCAGCAGCGGGCAGCGACGAUGCCCGCGUCGCGGAACAGCGCCAGCAGCGCAUCUCCUGUGUCGUCGAUCAGCCCUCCUGCAGACGACUCGACGCCAGGCUACGACACGGCAACCGCACGGUGGCUCGCCUGCCUGCUCGCCAAGGUGCACCCGGAUGCACUGCCGAUCGCAACACUGGAGAAGAUCUGCAAAGUUCCACUAACGAGCUCACUCAAAACGGCCGCAUCAUCGCCGACCUUCUCUGGCGAAAGAAUUGACACGUUGACUGGCCGCCCCAACAACAGCGGCGACGCCACGUCAUCGUCGGUGACAGCUGCCCCCUUCUCCGCGCCACUCUCACUUCUGCUCUCGACUCUUCUCUGGAACGUCGCGUGUGCGCUAUGGAACGAGGGCUUCAUCGAGGACGCGCACCACUGGCUCUCUGCCAUAGACGUGCGACGGCUGUGGAGUCUCUACAGCGAAUUGGGCCGCAGUGGUCACCAUACGCGGGCCGCGGCGCCAUCGCCGUCACCACCCUUUGCCUUCAGCGAGCCCCUCGAGGAGGACGUGAACAGCGACGACCGUGCGUGUGCGCUAAGCUGGCCGGCGGUGUUGGCAGAGAGCUGUGCGGCAGACGAGCCGCCAUCCUCGCGCCCGCCAUCGCUGCCAUCGGCAGCCAGGGAAAGCCAAUCCGGAGGCACCGGCACGACUGUCGACUCACGGGGCGAGCAGCAGGAUUGUGUCACCUUUAGCCCAGCUGCACCACAAUCGCAAUCGGGGAUCCUACUCUCCGCCCUUGCUCAGGCCAGCGGGCCGCUGCCCAUGACCAGCUUGGCUGCGUGCUUCGACAGUCCUGCGCAGCUCGAGAGCGGCAACGAGGACGAUGAUGCGGCGGCCAGCAAUGAUGCGGCUGCAGCUGCCACGCAGUCGAGCACGGAGAAGAGCGAUGUGGGAGACGCUGCAGCAGCAGCCGCGAAUCCAGAGACCCGUACGACUGUUCUCGCCAGCUUUGUCCGCCGCCUCGCGCGUCGCGCCAGCGCGUUGCGCGACCUCUGUGGGCUCAUGAUUGCCUGCGAGACGGCCGAAGACGUUUUCUACGUCCUGUACGCACUGAGCGGUGCUCUUGCGACACAGCAGUGUAAGCACGACCAGCAGCGGGGGCAACAGCUAGCCGCGGAAGUGACAACAGAAGCGGAGGCGGCGGCCGGUGAGGAGGAUGAGAACAGUUCACCAUCCAGGACCCUUGCAGCAGCGACCCGAGGCGCAGCGACAACAACAAGCUCCACCGCCACUACUACUGCCCCUACUAGUACCGGUGGAUUGUCCGAACUUCUCAUCAUUGCAAACCUGCUCAUCGAACUCUUCCUCACAAAGCGAGCGCAGCAGCUCUUGUUGGAGGAGGAUGUAUUGCACCCCAUUGCUUCUGGCGUCGCCACUGUGCCGUCGUCGCUCCCGACGGGCGGACGUGGCGGUGGUGCGUACGAUGCGGCCCACUCCCUUCCACAUCAGCAGCAGCAGCAGCGGCACACCGACCGCGCCAUCCGCCACGCAUGCGAUGAAAUUGUAUGCACCUUUACUAACGGCCGCUGCCACACCCUCUACGCACUUGAAGCGUACGGCAUCCCUCCCCCAUGCGACGGCGGCAGCAACGCCGCCGAGACACAUCUGUUGGCACCUGAGCUGCCCUACGCUCUCGUGAGCAACGUGCUGAGCAUCACGCUCAACUACUCCACCCUGUAUCGCUUUAGCAAGGUGUAUCAUGGCGUGAUGGGACAUCGCAGCUACGCCGCUGCAGAGCGCCAUCAUGCGGGUGGGAUGGGCGGCUCAGCACCAUCCUCUUCGGCAGCAGCGGCAGCGGCCGCCGCGUCCGUCUUGAGUCAUCCGAACCGCACGCGACGCGCCACAGAGGAGGAGAAGGAGCGCCGACGCGCAUGGACAAUGCCGCCGGCUGCCACAUCGGCAGCGCCGCUGAGGGCAGCACCGCCGCAUCCACACGCUUCAGCGCCAUCGACCCCUGCGAACGUCGGAACCCUCUCACAAAGCCUCACUGGUGAGCUCUUUGGCUUCGUGAAGAAGCGGGUGGCAAGCUGGGGCAACCUCAUUCACGCCAGCGUAGCCCCAGAGUCGCGCAGUAGUGAUCACUACCAAGACGUACGGCCAUCCUUCAGCGUGACCGAUGCGGCUGGCGGGGACGGCAGCAACAAAGAGAGAGUGGCACUGAGGGUGGCGACGCCGUGGUCCGCUGGAUCAUCAGCGACGCUCACAAGCAACAGCACCAGCUUGGCAGACGCCAGUAGCACCAGCAACGCCUACCUCAGCAAAGUCGGCGGGGACGCACAACGCGGCGCGUCCGCGACAACGUCAGUGUCUCUCUCCCGUCAGCGCCGCCCUGGUCGAGGUCGGGUGUAUGAGCUCAAGACGAGAGGUGUGGAAGCGUCGGAGCUGAUGUUGCCCUCCUCAUCGUCCACUGCGGUGUCGCUCUUGGCUGAAGAAAACGAACUGAUAGGACUUGCCAGCAUCAUCAGCGAGCCUGCCGCCACGGUAGGGCCAGAGCUCAGCGCCAGAGACAGCAGCACCCUCUGCCUCUCCUCCGCAGUGCCCCCGAGCCAAGAGCAACAGCAACAACGACUACCGACAUCAGCUGCGCCAGCGACGGCGCUGCACACGCCAGCUGCCCAACUCCAGAGUCGAUGCCGCAGCGAGGCUGUCAGUCUGCGUCUGCUCGCACUGCUCUAUCGGUACCCGCAGCUGCAUGCGCUGGAGCCUGUCAAGGCGAGUCACGUGACCCUGGUAGCGAAGGAGCUGAACAAGGCACUGCACCUUGUACAGGCAGCGAUGCGAGGCCGUUUCGGCGAUGAGUGGUGGCUGCAGUGGCGCACACGACGCGAGGGCGAGACGCAGCGCUACUACUCAAACGCGCUGGCAGAUGCGCAGCGAGGCGGCUACACCCUUAGCUCGCCGACCACGGCACUGCCCUCGCCCCUGUCAAGGGCAACAGGAGCGGUGGGCGCUGCGGCGGUACCAGAGGAAGCGAAGCCAUUGAGGGCAGCGCGUGGCGUGUCCGCGGUGCAGUCGGACCCAUUUCUACUUUUUGCAGAGGUUCGGUCUCGGCACGCAUUCCCCACGCAGGAGCGGGGUGAGACGAACGCAAUAGUGGCGGAUGCGGUGGGGUUCGAUGGGGUACCCCCGCCGUCUGUGCUCCCGCUGUCAUCAUCCUCGCUGACCAGCACCGUACUCUCCGCCCUGCAGCUCACACGCCCCUUGUCGAUGUCUGCGGACGAGGCGCUGCGGCAAUCUCUUCAGGCGCCAGGGGAGCACUUCACCCCCGCCACUUUGCCAGGGGCGUCCACGGAAGCGAUGCACGGAAGCGCGCACGGCUCUGAGAUGCUGCUCGAUGUGAAGUGGGAUAUCCCGCCAGCCUACACACCCGAAGUCUCACUCGACUUCUCGGCCUUCACGACGACGUCGGUGGAGACGCAGGAAAGCACGCGGCAGCUUGUGGAGCUCCUGCAGCAGCGGGAAGAGGCGUGUGACGACGAGGACGACAACAAUGACGAUGAUGGCCGCGUAGGUAGCGCUGCAGGUGGGCCUGGCGUGUCGGUACUGUCGCGUGCGUGUCGCCGGCUGCUGCACAACGAGCUUCCAUUGCUACAGCAGUACAGCCCGUGGCGCGUUAUUUACAGCACACGGCUGCACGGCAUCAGCCUGGGCACCCUCUUCGCCAACUGCCGCCGUGAGGCGGAGCGCCACGGCCUCUCUGGCUACGUCGCGAAUCCCGCCGUGCCCACGCUGUUGGACUCGAAGCCGAUGCUGCUGGUGCUGGAGUUACCGUCGUCGACAACGCUACAGUUUGCCGAGGACGACGCCGGCGUGCGAGAGGCGUGGGCCCACUCCAACGCACCCACCAGCACGCCACCGUCCCCUCCCAUAACGCAGCCGGCGCCACCGCAGCCAACAACCAACGCCAGCCCCCGCGGCCACCGGCCCAACAGGCUCUUUAUUGGCGCGUUUCUCUCCGACUCGUUACGGACUGAGUCGCGGCGGUACUACGGCAAUCAAGACUGUUUUGUCUUUCAGCUGCUCGUGCCUGGCACGGUCGGGGUGAAAGAGGCUGCGCCCGGCGCUGCGCAUACAGAGACAGGGCCGCAGCUCCGUGUCCACCGUGCCAGUCACCGCAACAAGCAGUUUAUCAACUGCCGCACCACAUCCAUCGUGAUCGGCGGCGGCGAGGGUGGAAGCAGCAUUUACCUUGACGACACCCUCUGCCACGGCGCAACAAGCUCGUGCGCCACCUUCUCGUCGCCGCCUCUGAGCACCUGGCUGUCCCCGCCGUGCGCGGAGUCCGGGGUGUGCACCGAUGGCCAGGGCGACCGCUACGGAGAGCACAGAAGUUUGUGCAUUAUGAAUGUGGAAGUCAUUGUGAUGGACGCGUAG